AUGUCCGCUCAGCCUACCAUUUGCGUCGUGACCGGUGCUGCGCGCGGUAUCGGUCUCGCCUUUGCCCAGCUCCUCGUUGCCCGGCCCGACACCAUUGUCUACGCCGGCGUACGCUCGUUGCCCCUUGCUCCUUCUAGGGAGCUCGGUGUGCUCGCGACUGGGCAUCCCGAGGUCCUCUUCCCCAUCAAGAUCACCAGUGGGGACGAGGCCGACAAUGCCGCUGCUGCAGCCACGAUCAAGGCUCGGCAUGGGAUGGUACACGUCGGCAUAGCGAAUGCUGGCGUCUCGUCCGGGCUCACCCCUGUCCUCCAGACCACCGCGGCACAGAUGACGACCGACUUCUAUAUCAAUUCGUACGGGCCGUUACUGCUUCUACAGCGGUGCUCCGAGCUUCUGCUCGCCGCACAUGCGGCCUCUCCCGGAUCCGCCAAGUUCGUCGCGGUCUCGUCGGUCCUGGGCCAGAUCACAGAGGCCUCAAAUUUUAGCUGGACAGCUUACGGGGCGUCAAAGGCCGCUCUCAAUGUCCUGGUCAAGAAGAUCAACAUCGAGAUGCCCCAAGUCACCGCUUUCCCCCUCCACCCGGGCACAGUCGGUACCGAGUAG